AUGGUCAAAGUAUAUAGAUACGAGGAUUCAGCGAAACUAGCGAAUGAGUUAGGCCUGUUUAUUCUCGAUGAACAAAACAAGGCAUUGGGAAGCAGUUCAGACGCAAAGCGUCGUUUCAGUAUUGCUGUAAGUGGCGGCUCUUUGGUUAGUAUUUUGAGGCAAGCUUUGUUGGAUAAUUCGGAAAUAGCGCAGAAGGUGCAAUGGUCCCGUUGGAGUGUUUAUUUUUCUGAUGAGCGUCUUGUUGGUCUUGAUGAUGAAGAUUCCAACUAUGGAGCCUUCAAGAAUGCUAUUUUGGAUCCCUUAACAUCGUCUGGACGCGGAACUGGCCCUGUGGUGUACACUAUUAAUGAAUCACUUCUUGACGAAGAUGCAAACGACCGCAUUGCAGAGCUUUACGCAGAAGAAUUGCCUGAAGGAGGUCGCCUAGAUCUCAUUCUACUGGGUUGCGGACCAGAUGGGCACACGUGCUCAUUAUUUCCUGGCCCAUCCCACAAGUAUUUACUCGAGGAACGCAAUAAACUUGUUUGCUGGUGUAAAGAUUCCCCAAAACCGCCAAGUAACCGCAUCACCUUUACCAUGCCUGUAUUGGAGGCUUCCGCGUCUCUAGCUUUCGUGGCCACUGGGAAGGGGAAGCGCUCGGUCCUGGAGAGAAUCUUUAAACAACAGGAUCAGACCUUGCCUUGUGCGCUUGUUACACGUCGCUGUGACUCCAAGGUAACCUGGUUCUGCGACAAUGACGCUCUGCAGGACCGUUCUAUUCCGACAUCAACCUACAGUUCCAAGCGUCUCUAA